AUCGUCAAACAACGGUCCGCUCGCGUGUUUACGUCGCUGCUGCUGCUCUGGAACGUUCAUCUCCAUGACAGCGACGGUACAAACUAAAGUGUGAGGGGGGUUUUCUGUCGACACCGCAAACAAAUGGAUUCAGCAGAGGAGGAGCUGGAGCAGAUCACCACAUGGUUGACAGAGGAGGGAUGUGCUCCCGACUCCCCUAAAGAGGCUCAGCUGUGUGUUCUAUGGCGUGGCCUCCAGAGCACCAGAGCCUGUCUGAGCAGUGCGACCCGGGAGCAGGACAUGCAGCGCUCACAACACUUGGCAGAGAUGGCAGAGGUGCGGAAAUCCUUGGAGCAGAUCCGCAUCUUUACAGAGCAGAAAGACGUGUUGGCUCAGCUGAUACAAGACGAGAACGACCAGCUUAAGGACCAGCUGCGGCAGCUAAUAUCCCUUCAAGACGCCCAGACAAGCGAGGUGGCUAAAAUGCUGCACCAACAGGGCCUCACGGAGCUGAUUCCCAGCAGCCCCAGUGAGCAGGUGGCGUACCUGCUAGUGGAGAGGGCCUCUCUGCAAGAGACAAGUGAGCAUCCUACCAACAGCAACAGCAACAGCUUGAUGAGUGCUGGAGACAGCAGCAGCCCGCCGAGGACAGAGACACAGGUGUCCAACAGCAACGUACGACAGUCUCCCCACAAGGGGGCACCACAUCACGGCCAUAGUCCCUGGAGGAGACUCUUAUUCGGACUCCACAAAGCUUCGCAAAGCAAACACAGUUUUAUUCCUGCGGAGGCCAGACAUUCGAGCGGCCAGUCGAGCAGUGUGGAGAAGAAGUGCUCUCUUCUGGAGCGGGACCUGGAGGAGGGCUCCCGCCGGCUGGCCAUGGCCCACAAUGAGAUCCGACAUUUGACUGAUGAGCUGGAGUCAGCACACUUGACCCAAAAGACUUAUGAGCCGGAGCUGCAGGCAGCGCAGCAGGAGGUGGAAAAACUCAAGAUGUGCGAAACGGAACUGCGAAAGGCCAAAGAGCUGAACGAUCGUCUGGAUUUUGAGAUCCGAGUUUUGAGGAACAGGGUUCGCUCACUGGAUGCUGAAAAAAGUUCUCUGCAGCAGAUGGUUGUAUCUUUGCAGGAGGAGGUGGAGCAGCUAGAGUCCGACCUGCAGGAACGACAGCAGCAGAUCCACACUGUGCAGCUUCAGGCUGAGCAGGCCAAUGAGCUGGCUAAAUCGAGGGAAACUGAACUGAAUCAGAGCAUCCAGGUUUGUAGAGAUUUACAAAAUAGCCUCAGUGCUCAGAAGAGAUGUAUUUUGGAGGAGUCACAGAUAUAUUAUCUAAAGCAGCAUCUGGGUUUUUGGAAUCAAAAAGAGGCCGAUUGGAAACAUCGUGAAAACUGGAAACAGGAAAAUUCCUUUACCAAAGAGGGUAAAGAGCAACAGCUGAACAAGGAAAACACACAGAAUAAGGAGUUUGGUGAUGAUUCAGUCAGGACUCUAUUGUCCAGCCAAGAUGAGUGUGAGACACUGAAGAAGGAGAUCUGUGAAACCCUCAAAUGUCUGGACAAAGAGCGCAGUAAAUACCACCAAAUGAAGGAAAAACACAAAGUCAAAUUGUGUCGGGCAAAACAAAAGUUUGAUGAUGAAACCACGUGGCGUGACGAGAAGAUAAAAGGUCUCGAGCGAGAGCUGUCGCUGUGUUCCCAUUCGUUAACAAAGGAGAAAGAGCUUGUUGUGAGUAUAACUGCAGAGAACGAGAAACUACUCGCUGAGAGGACGAGGUUGUUCCAGCAGCUCAACGAGGAGGAGCACAACAAGCAGGACACAAAUCUAACUGCUGCUUUGUCCAAGUGCAGGGUGACUUUUCUGGAGGUGGAAAACAAGACACUGGGAGAGAAACUAAUCCACAUGUCGAAUCAGCUGACUGUCCUGGAACGAACCGUACAGAGCCAGCAGUCACGUCACUUUGCUGAGUGCGAUGACGCCUAAGCCUUCUGAAAUCCAGACGUCACUGGAGGAGACUCAGAGUCGUCGCACCAAGCAGACAGACGGGACUUCUCCCCGUCGCUGCGGCCCUGUCUCGAUCAGCGGAGGUGGGUUACCUGAAGCUGACCACUGCUCAGAGCCACUUCCAACUAUCAGCCUCCCCGGGCGCGCCCUCAGCAGCUCAGAGCGUUUGUGUCCCUGAAAUUCUCUAUCAGAAAUAUGAAUAUAUCGUUUAGAAACCUUAAACGUAAAUUUGAUGAAUAAAUACCAGGAAUCUA